UCCUGUCCGAUGCGCGCCGCUGCGAGGCUUAGGCUAGUCGGGGUGGAUGCUGGCGGUGGAGUGCUCUGCAGAGUGGGCAAGAGACAGUAAGGUCCUUACGACCACGCUUAUUGUAGGCAGCUAAUAAAUGCACGUACGUGUUUUGCUAUCUCCUUGUGAUCUUUGCGCCAACUGGAAUCAGAGCUACACGCUUGCCUGUGUUUACUUAGAAAGCAUAUUCCUGUAAGAAGGAGGUGACUGCAUUGUAGGGUAAGUGCAGUGACCGGAAGUCGGCGUUGCAGAAGGCUGCUCUCCAGUAAAGCUGCGCGCAGUGUUUUCCAUCUGUGGAAUGCGUCUUUGCAUCACAGAAACGCAAACUGCUGCAACGACAGAUACUAUCAGCUUGCUUUUUCUUUUUUUUUUUAAAGUUAAUUAAAAGCUGUUCAGCACAUGUGCUUCUAAAUCUGUUUUUGGUAAUUCUUAGCUACUGUGAACAGAACCUGACGCUUUUAUUCCUCACGUUCUGAAGAAUGGGAGGCACGUCAAAAGAACAGGGAGCCCUUAAUAACCGUACAAGGAAAGCAGUGAAAAAAAAUGAGUCAAGUGCUGUCAAUUCAUAAUAAACAGAGAUUAUAGUAACUGUCAUUUUCUGUAAGUUUGAACUUCACUUGCACCAAAAAUAGGCAGGAUUUUUCAGUUAUGUGACUUUAAGUUGCUGUCUCUUCAAUUUAUUAAUUUACAUAAAUUAUUUUAUGUUCCACAUAUGUAAGAUAUUCUGAGUAUGAGGGAGUAGAAGUGAUCAACCAUAGUUACGUAAAUAUUGGAAACUUUUUUUUUUUUGUUUUUAAAUCCUGUGCUGGUUUAAAAGUGUAAUUUCGCAUGAUGUCAUCAUCAUAGCAUCACUGCAGGGUGUGGUGCCGUCAUUUCACAAAUAGUAACAAGUUCCAUUUUUACAAAUCUAGAGAUGCGUGGGAAAAUGUAGCAGUGUGUGCAAUGAUGUAUCUUAAAGGAUAUUUCAAUUGUUAUGGGAUGUAAGUUCAAAAAUAAGCCUUGUCUAUAUUUGUAUGUUGAUUGAUUAUCAGCUGAGGCACCUGUACUAACUUUUUUUUUUUUUUUUCCCCAGGAACCUCAUCAAUAGUUUGCAGAUCCGGAGGCAAUGACAUAGACUGUGUUGUACUUACGAUUUAAAUACGUAUAUUCUUAGGGGAAUAAUAUUUUGUCAGUAUCAUUCAAUGCCUAACAUUUCAGAAGAUGAAAAGGAGAAUGGUUCUGGAAACAAUGGAAACACUGAAAACAGACCUGGGAAAGAAUCCCCAGAAGAUUCUCUUCAUGAUCCUAUAAAGCCAUACUGCAUGUCACAUGCCUCCACUGCAUCACUGGUUUCUAGGGCAGAUGGGCAUUAUCCAUGGGGAUGUCCGGUGACUCAUACAAGAGAGAAAUUUUAUACUAUCUGCUCAGACUAUGCUUUUUUAAACAGAGUAACAUCUACUUGUAAAAGCCCAAGUGCUUCAGUUAGUGCCUGCCUGUCGGGCAGUGCUGCCUUAAAUGUCGGUAGUAACACACCUAGCUUAAUCAGCAUUCAAACGGGUGUUUCCGAGAUAAUCUAUAGUGAAGAUGCUAACUUGGAGAGCUUGUCUAGCAGUCUGGGAAAGCUUCCGUUGGCAUGGGAAAUCGACAAAUCAGAAUUCAACAGUGUGACCCCAAAUCUGAAGAACAAAGCAGGCAACAUGAAGAAACAAGUAACAAAGAAAAAAUCUUUAGACAAAAAAAGCAAACAAUACAGGGAGUGUCCUCAGCGUUCUGCUCUUGAAGAGGUGAAGGAGAGGAAAGUGUUGGACCUCCGGAGAUGGUAUUGUAUUAGCCGACCGCAGUACAAGACUUCUUGUGGAAUUUCAUCCUUAGUGUCUUGCUGGAAUUUCUUAUACAGUACACUGGGGGCUGGAAGCUUACCACCUAUUACUCAAGAGGAAGCUUUGCAUAUACUGGGCUUUCAGCCACCAUUUGAGGAGAUUAGAUUUGGUCCCUUCACUGGAAAUACAACUUUAAUGAGAUGGUUUAGGCAAAUAAACGAUCACUUCCAUAUAAAAGGAUGUUCAUAUGUUCUGUAUAAACCUCAUGGGAAGAACAAGACAGCGGGAGAAACUGCUGCAGGGGCCCUGGCAAAGCUAACGCGUGGACUGAAAGAUGAAUCAAUGGCCUACAUCUACCAUUGCCAAAAUCAUUAUUUUUGCCCAAUUGGAUUUGAAGCAACUCCUGUAAAAGCUAGUAAAGCAUACAGGUUACUGGAUUUGGACUCGGGAGACCUGGGUUCAGUUCCUAGUUCAACCACAGACUUGCGGUGUGACCUUAGAGGUCGUGUCUUGCAGCAGGAAGUGGAAUACUGGAUCUUAAUUGGUGAGCCAAGCAGGAAACAUCCAACAAUACACUGUAAAAGGUGGACAGAUAUUGUUACUGAUCUAAACACUCAAAAUCCAGAAUACCUAGAUAUUCGACACCUAGAGAGAGGAUUGCAGCAUCGAAAAACAAAGAAGGUUGGAGGAAAUCUUCAUUGCAUCAUUGCCUUUCAGAGACUUAACUGGCAGAGAUUUGGUCCUUGGAACUUUCCAUUUGGAAAUGUUAGACAGGAUAAACAAUCCCAAACACAAGGACAGGGACUUGCCAAAUCUGAGAGUGAAGAUAAUAUCUCUAAGAAGCAACACGGACGACUGGGUAGAUCUUUCAGUGCUGGCUUCCAUCAAGAAUCUAUGUGGAAGAAAUCUAAUCUGCGUGAGAGGAGGAACAGUGGAUAUCAGAGUUAUAAUGAUUAUGAUGGAAAUGAUUAAAAUUAACUUUAGAAUAAGAGAGCUCAUAUAUUAAAGUUAGUUUUAAUCAAGAUAUAGUAGGGAUCUAUUAGUCCUAGAAUACAUAUGAAUAGAAAUUAUGGUAUAAGAUACAGCUUCAUAAUUAUUAAAUAUAUCUGAUUAUAUGGUUGCAAUGGAUGAGAUCUGAUGUAUGAACUGACAGAUAAGCACAGAUUACUGUACUUUUGUAAUCAAAAAGUAUAUACGAUAGCAAAAUCAAUCAUUUCUUUUGAAAUAAUUGUACUAUGUCCUGACCUGUGAAAACAAAAAUGCAGACUGAAGUGUAAUAAAGAGACUUCACUGAAAAUACUUAAUCUUCAAAAGCAUGAAAAUUUAACAUAUGACUUUACAAAAAGGGUUAUUCUGCAUAUUGUAUAAGGAUAGAAGUAAACAUUGCCUUCCCUUUUAACACUCCAUUUUACUAAGGCUGUCAGUAUCCAGUAAAAAGAAAAAAUCAUGUACGUUAAAAAGCCUUGUCAGAUUCAUGAGGUGAAUUACUGUUCUCAAUUCAGUUCCAAGUAGACUUUUGUCAGUUAGAUAACCCUAUUUCGUCAAGCGGAUACUGGUUACUUUUCUCUUAGCUGGAAGCCUACAUUAGACUGGGAGGACAGCCCUUUGGCAGGAAAAGCUUGAGGAUGGAUGUUCCUUCCUGUUUUUCUUUUGUGGUUAUGGUAGCUGAAUUCUUAUCCUGGAACCUUUUGAGAGCACUGAUUUGCUUAACACUUCCUACAAGCUUGUAAAAUACAGUUUUUAAAAAAGCUGCAGUUACCAUUAGCCAAAUGAGCUAGCUGAACACUGUGUUCUGUUGGCAGUUCUUUUCCUUGCUCCGUCUUAAAACUCCUGUCACUUUUAUGCUGCUCCUUUAAUUUGUAUGAAGGUGAUGCAAAGUGCCGAAAACUGCUGGCAGUCCUAAUGAUAUACCUCUAGGCCAGCAGACAACUCCAAGUUUUUUUCAGGUGUUCCUGUGCAGUCCUUCCUUUAUUUGAAAGUUUAUAUGAUUGUUUGCCGAAUGACAUCUCAGCAAUUUUGACUUUUUUGUGUACGAGUGUUCAUACCUGCUCAAGGAUUAAUUUUUUGACAUAAAAAAAAUUGUCAUGGAACGCAGGGGUUUUGUAGCUUGCUGCUUUUGUUAACCAAAAAUGGGAGACUUUUAGACUUUUGUUCAUUCAAUAAAAUCUGUUU